AAUAUUCAGUUGACUCGCGUUCGUCUUUCUAAUCGCACUAUGAGUAUUAUUUAUGGUGAUCAAAAUAUUUUUCUGCCAUCUCAUGGUAACUACGGCAGAUACUUAUUGGAUAGUAUUUUAAAAUGUAAAGAUAAAAUUGCUUUGAUAGAUGGAGCUUAUGACAAAACAAUCACUUUUAGUGACUUAGCUCAGAGGGCAGUGAAUUUAACGUCUUAUUUAAAAGAACAAGGUGUUAAACAAAACGAUGUUGUGGCAUUGUGCAGUGAAAACAGGAUAGAAUAUAUGAUAACAAUAAUCGGAGUAUUUUCUUCAGGCGCUACUUUGGCGUGUAUCAAUAACGCCUAUAGUGAUGAUGAAAUGACACAUUCUCUCGAUAUAGCUAAACCUAAAUACAUAUUCCUAUCACCCGAGACACAUGAAAAGUAUAAUAAAAUUAUAAAAAAUAGAAAAGGCAUAGAAAAAAUAAUUGUGUUUGAAAAUACCAAGAAUACAAACGCAAUUAAUUUUGACGAUAUAGUGACGAAAAGGAAUGUGGAUGUGAAAACGUACAAACAUGUAGAUUUAAAAGGUGGAACUGCUUUAAUUUUAUAUUCAUCGGGAACAACAGGACUUGCUAAAGGUGCAAAAAUAACCCAUACUAAUUUAAUAACUUCAGCUCAACAAUCACUACCAUCAACUAGAGACCUUAUCACAAUAUUUGUGACUCCCUGGUCUAGUACUAUGGGACUAAUUUGUUCGCUUCAUGAAAUCGUCCAAGGCAAAACCAUAGCAUUUCUUCCAAGGUUCAACGAAAGACAAUAUUUAAAUGCUAUACAGAAAUAUAAGAUAGCAAUUUUAACAGUAGCCCCACCUGUGGUCGUGAUACUUUGUAAGUCAACUAUAGCAAAAGAAUAUGACUUAAGUUGUGUGGAAAUUAUCCAUUGUGGCGGUGCUCCUUUAAAUAUGUCAGUUAUAUCGGAACUUAAAUCUAAGUAUCCACAUAUUAAGCACGUUUUACAAGGUUACGGUAUGACAGAAGCAGCGGGUACACUCACAGCUGAAUCUGAAGAUGAUUGUAAAGAAGGAAGUGUCGGUAAAAUUGUAGCUGGAAAUAUAAUUAAGAUAGUUGAUGUCGAGACUCGUAAAAUAUUGGGUCCCGGUCAGACGGGGGAAGUUUGUCUGAAAGGCGCCGCACAGUUCGAUGGUUAUAUUGGAAAAGAUUCUAAAGACGAAUUUGAUGAGGACGGCUUCUAUAAAACUGGUGACAUCGCUUAUUACGAUGAAGAUGGUUUCUUCUACGUAGUUGAUAGAAUUAAAGAACUUAUUAAAUAUAAGGCUUGGCAGGUACCACCGUCAGAAUUAGAAGAUCUGUUACUACAACACCCGGCUGUCAAAGACGCAGCAGUAUCUGCUCGCCCUGAUGUACUCGCUGGGGAACUGCCAACCGCUUUUAUUGUUAAACAACCAAACGCAAAUAUUGCAGAAAGGGAUAUAGUAGAAUUUAUUGAUAAAAAGGUGUCGCCCUGGAAGAGACUACGAGGCGGUGUGAUAUUCGUGAAGGAGAUACCGAAAACAUCGAGCGGUAAAAUUAUAAGGCGGAAACUAGGUGAGAUGCUACCUAAGCUACCAGCCAGCAAGCUUUAAAUACAACUUGAAGACAUUUUUAAUAAUCUAACUUAACCUAAAAAGUAUAAUAUUGAGCACUAUAGAGUAUAAAUGUUUAAAACGAUGUCACGUAAACCGACUAAAAGUUAAAGCAGUUAAAAACAAUAUUAUGUUUUUUUAACAUUAUAUUAUGUUUUUAAACAAUAUUUUUAAUUAUUAAUUAAUUUUUAACAAAAUAUCGGUUGUGGAUUCUAUCGGUUAUUACAACCGAAUGCUGUCAGUCUCUUUGAUGUCGUUAUAAACGAUUUGACUGUAGUUGCGUAGACAUACGCAAUUUAUUUCUUCCUUAAUAAAGUAUUAUUUUGAUUUA